AUAUGAAAACUCAACUCAAAUUACCACCACAUCACUCGUUACACAUUUCUUAGUAUGUUUGGAAUCUGUAAAUUAAGUUUAUUUGUGAGGGACAAAAGUGUGUUAAAAAAUGUGUAUAAUCUCUCGGGUGUGAGUAAAUUAUUAGAAAAUGUCAAAUCUUCGCUGUUUUAUCCUUUAAAAGAUUCCGUCUCACUUUUUAUCGAGGAACCAAAUGAAUCCACCAAGGAAUUAGUCGACUCUGAAAUUCUCUCACUUUAUCACCAAAUUUACCCUCAAAUUCUUCAACACAGCCUGGGUGAGAAUUUGACGGACAUGAAUGUGAAUUUGAGGGACAUGAAUGAGAAUUUGAGGGAUGAGUUUGUGAAUUUGAGGAGGAAGUUGGUUGAUAUGCAGAAUUCUCUUUUUUCUGGCUCGUUACAUACUUUAAAUUAUCAUAAAAUUUUGUUACAAGUGUUGCAAGGAGUUGGUGGAGAGGAGUCUGGUAAAUUCGCCGCUGAGCUUUACGACAUGUACGCUAACAUUUGUAACCUGAACAACCUCAAACACAUCAAACACCCAAACAACACUCUCGAAAUCUUCCAGGGUUUGGAUAGAUUUAGGUAUGAGUUUGGUGUGCAUAGGGUUCAGAGGGUCCCGUUUAACAGUAGGCGGAUCCAGACAUCAUCGGCUGUGGUCACAGUUGUGCCACACUUUAACGUGGAGGAUAUUAACAUUAAAAGCUCCGACUUAAUGGUCGAGACCAUGAGAUCCAGCGGCUCCGGCGGACAAAGCGUUAAUAAAUCCGAAACAGCCGUCAGAAUCACACACAUUCCCACCGGCAUCACAACCUCCUCACGCACCACCUCCUCUCAAAUAGACAAUAAAGUGUUGGGAAUGGAGAUGAUAAAGAGGAAGAUAAAGGAAAAGCAGGAACAGGAAAUUGAAUCGAUGAAGAAGGAUGUUCGUAUGUCUCAGUAUAGAACGGGUGACCGUAGUGAGCGGAUAAGAACGAUAAAUUACCUGCAUGAUUCCAUCACUGAUCACCGGUGUAGGGUUACGCUUGACGGUGUGGAUUCCUACCUCAGUUCCGGCCACGGAAUUGAGAAAAUUCACCAGGCACUCACACAACUCGACAACGCCAAAAUUAUCCAAUUCUUCCUACACAAUCUCAACACCAUCGCAACACUAUACUAA